AUGACGGAACCCUGGCUGGAUGGUCUCGACGACGACUGGGAAUCACAACAGGUUGUAUCUGCUAGCAACUCACCCGUCCUACCCGACGACAAUUCUGGCUAUGCGGACGUCUCUCCCACUCCGUCUCCGCGACCUUAUCGCGACAUGUCCAUCGCCAGCAAUGAACCCCACAACAAUCCCUCAGAGUCGGGCUCUACGAUAAACAAGAUGGACGAUGGCCAUGCGACCAUGCAAAUCAAGUCGCGGACCGACGGAGUCACAAAUAACACGCCCGAGUGGAAGAGGAGAAUCAUUCGAGGGGAACGCGCAUUGGGCGAGCCUAGCGAUCUGUUCGGCCCAAUGGGGCUGGAGUCAAGCCCGUUGAUGCAGCCUGCUCUCGAGAACGGAGCAUAUCGUCACGCGGUCUUCUCCGGAGUAGCAGAGCAAGCGGAAGCCAAAAGAGUCAAAGAAGUCAAAGAAGUCAGAGGAGCCAAAGAAGCCAAAGAAGCCAAAGAAGCCAAAGAAGCCAAAGAAGCCAAAGAAGCCACGAUGGUUAGUCGCGUCAAUACCGCACGGGACAACGAGACUAACUCCUUCUCGUUGCCCAAGCGCAAUCAGAUGAAUCGAAGCCUGACAAGGGAAGAAAAUAUGUCUACAUUUAGUGACAGUCGUUUACAAGAUGGAAAUGUUGAAAUCGAAGCCGGAAAUCUAACUUCUAUAUCAUUACCCGAAGGCCUAUCGAUGGGUACACAGGAUGGCAUGUCAGGCGGCGACUUCGUCACAACUCGUCGAGGGGGCUACUCAGACGAAGAUUCAUUUCGCAACCGGGUUCUAAGCGCAUCGUCGCCUCCUUUGCGUGCUCAAGACUCGACUUUAGAGCAAGAUCCUAUGUCUCCGCCAAUGUCCCCCUUACCUUGCACCCCACCAUCAAUCCGUCUUCAUGCCCCGCAAGAGCACGGUGAUGGAAUCCAUGAGGGAGAUACCAAAGCUCGGCCAUCAUCAUCAGGAAGCCCAUUGAAGUUGUUUGGAAACCACGACACGUACACGAGCAACAAACUUCUGCGACGUAUAAGUCAGUUCGAAGCAGCUAAUGCCUCCAGCACCGAUGAGGCAAGUCCUCUCGGUGCUGAGCGCCCGGUAUCAGCCAAAGAAGAAAGGCCCAAGCUAUCUUCAAAGACCAAUAACUCCAGCUCGAAUUAUGCGGCAAACCAAGUUUUGGAAAACAAGCAGGCUCAGGGAUUGCUUCAUGUACCCAAUCCUCCUAGGGAUAAAGAAAAUGGCAACCCCCAGCAGACCAGUGAGAGACAGCUGUCCCCCAUGUCCAAAACAGAGGCUAAACGGAGCCUGAAACGAUCGUCUAAAAUCACAGUUUCAAAAAGGAGAAGAACGCUACAGAUCCUCCCAGGCCAGAACCAGGUUUGGGAUGAGUCUAUACUUGAUUCCACAGGAUUUUUCUCCAAUCCUUCUGUCACUGAAGAGAGAGAUGGAGGUCGACAGCGCGUGGCGUCUCAUUCAAGGCCGGCGGCGCCUACCCCCACCGAUCAUAGAUCCCACAUACAUCUCCAAGAUAUUUCCACAAUCAAUGGCGAUUCCACGUUUAUGGGGAGUGGUGGGCAAGAUACCCCGACAUUUCCCGCUACCGGUUUCACUUUCCACAUAGAUCACCCAAGAAAAGGUUCAAUAACGACCCAGGAAUACUAUAAUGAGGCCUCGAAAGUUAUGGAUCACAUUCGAGCUCAGGGAGGGCCAAUAAGCGGUUCCUCUAGGCGGAACGAGGCUUACCAGACGAUCUUUGAAGACGAUUCUGCCUUGUAUACUGAUGAAUCUAGUGAAGAACAGUUCUCAAGGCCUCCUAGCCGCGAUGGCGUCGAUUUACGAAAACAGAGGGAAAUGCCUCCGCAAAACCCGAGAAUUAUUAGCCACUUGAAGAAAUUCGAAGAGAAGGACGAAUUUGAUCUUGGUAUGGGGACUUCCGUCGGAUCUCUUAGAUUUAGACAGCAGAAUGGAUUGCGUGAGAAUCAGCCUUCUCAUCCAGAUUUCGAUGAUACUGUGGGUAGUAGCCCUGGGAACAUCCGAAUAAGAGAAAGCGUCUGCCCUGAAGAGCGGCGUGGAGCACAGUUCCCCCAGUCGCAAGAGUCGCUGAAAAGCCAGAAAUCAGCAACUAGCCUCCCUACCGGCUUUUCUCAGGGCUCCUCAGGCAGCUCUGGUGCAAAGGGGAUCAUAUCGUCCGAUAAGGUUUCCCAUUUGAUUCCUGAAAAUAUUGGGAAAAUGAUAUUUGACCGAAAUACCCAAAGUUGGAUAAAGAAUAGACCUAAGUCAGACCAGGAUACCCAUAACCGCUCCCAAACCGCCAGCGAGGAUGACCCGUUCAGGGACAUAUCCGACCUUAGCGUCGAUGAGCUGAAGGAACUCGUUGCCGCCCGCGGCCUCUCGUCAAUAGAAGAUGUACACCAAAGUCCACCUGCAUGCCCAGAUGAGUCAAUACUCCCAGAAAUGGAGGAAAUCGUCCCACCUCGUACAGAAUCCAACUCACGCCCGCAGACUCGAGAAAGCGCACAAAACCCGCUCUCCGAAUCGAGCUCUAUACAAUCUAAAUACACGCGAUUUACCGUUAGUGUACCGAAGCCAGGCACAAGAGCCACAUCUUGGGGAUCAGAAGAAUUCCAAAACCACCAACAUAAUCUCGACAAGCAUCAUAAUGUGGUUCAGCAGGAAACGGAGCAUCAGCUACCAGAAGUCUACAGUGCUCCGCUGCAUGAACCACGCAGCCGGGCACGGGCUGCUACGAUCACCUUUUCUUCCCCAUUGGUUUCGGGAAUCGCGUACCAAGGCGAGGAUGAACUGUGCUCUGAACAUACCCAGGAAGCUCAUGAAUGGAUGUCGGAUCCGCUGGUUCAAAGUCCUUUGGGGGAUACCCUGCCACAUAACAUUCCACUGCCCGAACAGGACGGCUUAGAGUUGUCUUGCAUACAGGAAGACCCGGAAGGAUCUACCGAUGAACCAGACGAGGAACAAAAUAAUGAAAUCUCUAUCAUACCAUCAGAGGCUGAUAUUGACCAAUCAGUCAUGCUUGCUCCGCCUAACCCGGAGUCGAGCAACUACAGUUUUCACAUGAGUCCAUUGUCAGAAUUCACUGUGCAUCAGGUUGACGAAUCGAUGAGAGGCGAGGCAAGUUAUAUUGCUAAAAGAGCAAACCCACGAGCUUUACGGCAGCUACACGGAAAAUUAGCAUUAGCUGCCGAAGACAUAGUACAACACAUUACAGACGCUGAACCCUAUGAAGCAUACUGGGAGCACAUGCGACGACUGGUCUUGCGUGGAAAGGGGCUCUUGACCCUUCACCAGCUAGACAAGUACUGCCCACAACUUCAAGAGUUAGAUGUUGGAGAAAAUAAACUUAGCCAGUUGAAAGGAAUUCCAGGAACCGUCCGCAGCCUCGAUUCGCCAUAUAAUUGCCUCUCUGGUCUGACCUCAUGGAGCCAUUUGUCUAACCUUCAGUAUCUUAAUAUAUCCGGCAAUGGACUGGACAACCUCGACGGAUUAUCUGGUCUAUUUCACCUUCGGAGUUUGAAUGCCAGUGAUAACAAGCUCGCCUGCAUCAAAGGGGUUUUCGGGCUAGAUGGGCUUCUGACGCUUAAAGUCGCAAAUAAUCAGUUGACUUCGGUUGACUUUAAGCAUGCAGACCUCAUUCGGCUGGGUAAAUUGGACCUGAGCAAAAAUGACAUCUAUAACGUGCAGAAUAUCGAUACCCUGCAAGGAUUAGAGUCUAUUGACCUUCGGGGAAACCGGAUGCAGGAACUCACCGUACAUCGGCCUCUUCGCCGUCUAGAAACGCUCAAACUGUCGAGCAAUCGUUUUGGCCAUCUCGAUGUUUCGUCUUUCCCUUCGCUGCGUGUUCUAUAUGCCGAUUGCAACCACCUCAACACGAUAGAAAAGCUGGAUGAGUGUAGAUUCCUUGAUACGCUCUCCAUGCGAGAACAAACCAUACCUUCACAGCGCUCUAACACCCAUUAUGUUCAACCUAUGACCGUAAACCUCAAUAUGGGCAAACUAUCUUCGAUCCGCAAGCUCUUCCUUUCAUCGAACUUCCUCUCUCCUACCACACUCUCCCCGGAUACACCACUUCUGAGCCUGCAGCUCCUAGACCUCGCAUCAUGCACACUGGAAAUCUUGCCUGAGCAAUUUGGGGAGACAUUUUCCCAUCUAAAGACCUUGAAUCUCAACUUUAACGCCCUACCUGACAUCAGCAGCCUAAAGGGGAUUAAAAGACUGAACAGAUUGUCUCUAGUGGGUAAUCGGAUUACUCGACUACGGCGUUUCUGCAAGACUUUGGGGGAAAUCGGAGGUGCCCACGGCUCAUUGACCAGAGUUGAUUUGCGAGGGAAUCCGAUAACGAUUGGUUUCUACCCAACACCUGUUUCGGGAAGUGGGAAACAACAACACGAACCAGCAGAGAAAAAGGUUCAACGCGAACUAAUCAAACACAAGGCUGAAGAAGACAGCCAUGACAAGUCUCUUCCAUUUAUCGGGGGUGGGAAGGACAUCACUCGGCACCCCUCUUACAACUCUAACAAUUACACAGACUACCCUCCACUAGACGCUCUUGACGAUGAAAACGAGGGUGCAAACAACGAGAAAGAAAUAGACGACCCGUACACCGUUCCCGUCGCAGAUCCCUUCGCAGAUGCGAAGUAUGUAGCCCACCUUGACGAAUCGACUCGGCUACGACGACGGGUGAUAGAACUGAUGAUCCACAACGCUACGUCAGGACGGCUGACUUAUCUCGAUGGUCUGCCGCAGAGUAGCUCGGCAGAUAACGAUGAAAUUAACGACGACGAUGGCGGACAUGCUGGUCCUGGCGAUGCACAUGUCCAUGUUCACGAGGGUGCGGUGAGAGUGAAAAAGGAUUGGGUCUGGAAUCGACUGGAACAGUUGGGCGUACUGAGGAGGAAGGAAAAAGGAAGGGGAAUGGAGGGUGGGAAGGGGGGGAAUAAGGGGUUACUCGCUGGGCCCGGGUGA